GCACGCGACAUACGUCUCAUCUGCCCGCGAGAGAUCACAAACACUCGAUCACGACGUGUUCCAACAUCUGUCUGUGUUGCGCCCACAAAUGUAAAGAAUCGAGGUGUACCGGAAAGUCAAGGCUCGAGCCGAUCUGCUACCCGCAUCUCUGGCUUGGACUUGGAUCCAUCGCAUACCUUCGCUGUUCCGCUUCUCCACCACCUCCCACACCUCCCACACCCGCAACGACUCCUCGGACUACCGCGCAACAGUAGUGCGACGAUCCCUUGCUCGCCGAAUGUAUUCAUAGGGAGAGGACGCAAUGGUGCUGCCUUCCAGCAGUGGCGGAGGUGCUGUCAUGGCGAUGCCGCCUGCUCGGCCGUCGCCAGUGGCAGUCCCGUCUACCGACUCGCCAGGACCGUCGACAAAGAAGCAGAUGAAGGCUCCAGCAGUGCCGGGCACUCUGAACGGGCCGCCCUCAGGCAACAACCAUGCCAUUCCGCUCAGCGCACGUCGUGCCGAGGCGCUGGACCUAUCGACGGUGGAACGAAGGGGACAACCGAACAUGCGACCGUAUCCAGAGAAGAGGUCGCGGCUGUUUGACAUACCGAACGCGCCCAUAUAUCGACCAACCGAGGAGGAAUUUCGGGAUCCGAUGGAAUAUAUGCGUAAGAUCGCUCCAGAGGGGAGCAAGUACGGCAUCGUGAAGAUCGUGCCUCCGGAAAGCUGGAAUCCGCCGUUCGCUAUCAACACUGAGCGUUUCCACUUCCGAACGCGACGUCAAGAGUUGAACUCGGUCGAAGGCGGAAAUCGAGUGAACAACGACUAUCUGGACCAGCUUGCCAAAUUCCACAAGCAGAACGGACAUAACCUCAAUCGAUUCCCCAGUGUCGACAAACGGCCCCUGGACCUGUAUCGCUUAAAGAAGACCGUGGAGAGGAAGGGUGGCUUCGAGCAGGUGUGCAAGGGCAAGAGAUGGGCCGAAGUGGGUAGAGACUUGGGCUACAGCGGUAAGAUCAUGUCGUCGCUAUCGACAUCGCUCAAGAACUCGUACCAGAAAUGGCUCUUGCCGUAUGAGGAAUAUCUCAGGCUGGCAAAGCCGGGCGUGCACCAACAAUUGGAGAUGAUGAAUGGUGGACCAUACACGCCCUCGCCGGGACCAUCUCCUGUCAAGCGGCCAAAUGGACCGAUGCCUGGAGAACACGCACCCACAAUGCAAGCUUCUGCUGCACUUCAUGCGUCUCUCAAUGGCCAAAGUCCACACCCUCCUUUCCCGGGCAACCACGAGAUCAUGCAUCCUGUGCACCCGCACGAUGCGCCGCGUCCUCCUCAUCUUGGCACUCCACAGCCUCCUCAAAGCCACCCAGCGCCGCCCAGUACUGGUGGCUUCACCCCAGUAAAUGCAGGAGGUUUCACCCCCGUCAACAGCGCGCAACCUCCUCCACCGCCGCCACCCUCCGGAGGCUUUACUGCAGUGAACGGCGUGAAUGGAAUGCAUCACUCGAAUAGUAGUACUCCACAACGUCCGUUGGAGGGCACGCCGCAAUACAUGACGCCGCAACAUCUCUCGGCCAACCCUAAUGGGACUGCAGCCUUGAAGCGACCGCACUCCGAAUUAACACCGGAUGAGGUUUCGUCGCUCGAGCGUCGUAGCAAGCGCUUGCGCAAGGAUGUGCCGACGGUUGCAGGUAGCAACAUGCACCAUUCCCGCAUGGGCAUGAAGCAGUUGCAGGCGAAUCGGGAACGGGGCCAUUAUAGCCCUGGAGAAGUGUGCGAAAAUUGCCUCAAGCCUGAUGAACGACACAAGCAUCUCAGAUGCGAAAGUUGUGGCGAUGCGUAUCACAUGUACUGCCUCGAACCUCCGCUCAAGCAAGCCCCAGCGCACGAGUGGCAUUGCCCGAGAUGUCUGGUCGGGACGAAUGAGUACGGCUUCGACGAAGGAGAUGUGUAUUCGCUUUCCGGAUUCCAGAGAAAGGCCAACGAGUUCAAGAUGCACCAUUUUAACACUAUUCCGCGACAGUUCAGCCCCUUCAAUGAGCACAAGCAUCACCUGGAAGAAGACGACAUAGAGCGCGAGUUUUGGCGACUUGUUGAGGACAUUUCUGACACGACCGAGGUGGAGUAUGGCGCAGACAUACAUUCUACCACCCAUGGAAGUGGAUUCCCAACGAUUGAGAAGCAUCCACGCGAUCCCUACUCUACAGAUCCUUGGAAUCUGAACAUCAUGCCGCUCGACAAGGAGUCGCUCUUCCGACACAUCAAGUCUGACGUCUCAGGCAUGACUGUUCCUUGGCUUUACGUCGGCAUGAUCUUCUCAACAUUCUGCUGGCACAACGAGGACCACUAUACCUACUCGGCUAAUUACCAACAUUUUGGCGAAACCAAGACAUGGUAUGGUAUACCCGGAGAAGAUUCGUAUAAGUUCGAAGAAGCGAUGAAGCAAGAAGUCCCUGAACUUUUUGAAACACAGCCUGAUCUGCUUUUCCAGCUGGUCACUCUUGCAAGACCGGAAAAGCUCAGGCGAGCUGGCGUUCGUGUCUAUGCAAUAGACCAGCACGCGGGAGAAUUUGUGAUUACAUUCCCACGUGCAUAUCACGCCGGAUUCAACCAAGGAUUCAACUUCAAUGAAGCAGUCAACUUUGCGCCUCACGACUGGGAGCCUUUUGGCGAGGAGGGCGUUAGGAGGCUGCGAGAUUACCGGAAACAGCCAUGUUUCUCGCACGACGAGAUGCUGCUCACAGCAGCCUCCCGCGACAACUCUAUUCGGACAUCAAAAUGGCUGGCACCGGCAUUGGAGCGCAUGCGGGAUGAGGAGUUGGCCACUCGCCAACAUUUCUUGCGCGGGCCUGCGGCAGAGGCAGGGACGCAGCAAACAGAACCGUAUCUUGGUCCCCGCUAUGCCCAGGAGCCAGAGGCCAUCGAUGCUUCCGUUGAGGAAGAGGAGGUCAUCUGCACAUUCUGCAAAGCGUAUUGUCACUUGUCACGCUACGUCUGCAUGAAGACGAAGAAGGUGCUGUGUCUUCUCCAUGCUGGGAGCUACGAGUGUUGUGAUGCCUUGGAAACGGAACGACAUUCUGGCCAGAACGGAGACCACGUUGUGCAGUACCGGAUGACAGAUGAUGUACUCACAUCAACAGUGCAGAAAGUCGUGGACAAGGCCAACAUCCCUGAGCUGUGGGCUGCCAAGGUGGACAAAGAACUUGAGGAUAGCCCCCGGCCUUCACUCAAGCACCUAAGGACGCUCCUCACUGAAGGUGAUAAGAUACAGUACGAUCUUCCGCAAUUGCCCGAUUUGAGACGCUUCGUGGACAGAUGCAAUGAAUGGGUCGAGGAAGCCACGAACUACAUCACACGCAAGCAGACGAAUCGUCGCAAAAGCGAGAAAGUAUGGCGGAAAGGCACCAAGGCUGCUGAACAAGAAGAGCGCGACAAAGAGCUGCGCAAGAUCUCCAACAUUUACAACUUGCUGGAGAGUGCAGACAAGAUCGGCUUCGACUGCCCAGAGAUCGUCACCUUACGCGAGAGAGCUAGCAAUAUCGAAGAGUUCCAAAAGGAUGCGCAUGCUGCACUGGGCAACAUCCUCGCCAAGAAGACAGAAGACUUUGAGGAACUGCUCGAGCGCGCCAAGGAAUUCCAUGUCGACAUGCCCGAGAUCGAAAGCAUUGAAAAGGUGCUGAGGCGUCUGCGUUGGAACGAUGCCGCGAAAGCGAAGAAGCCCAAUCUCGAAACACAGCAGCAGACACAGACCUUGAAAGACAUCGAGAAGUUCCUCGCUGAGGGUGCAGAUGUCGGAGUACCGGACACGAAUCCAGAUAUCAUCUUCUUCAAGGAACACAAGGCCCAAGGUGAAUUGUGGGAGCAAAAGGCCAAGGAGCUCAUGGCGGUCGAGCAAGUUCACUACCAGCAGCUGGAUGCACUCUCCCGGCAAGCCUCGACUUUACCAGUCACUCCAGAGACUCUUGCAGCAGUAGAUGCGAUUCUCAAGAAGCAGCGCGAAAUUCAAGAUAAGAUAGCUUCUCUUGUUGACCGCAGCAAAGAUCCGGACUUCAGAAAGCGACCGCACUACAAUGAAAUGAAAGAGGUCAUGGAUGCUCUUGAUGAACUGCAGAGCAAGCCCCAAGGCACUAUCGAUCUCGAAAAAGAGUCGAAGAGGCACGAAGACUGGAUGCGACGUGGCAAGAAGCUCUUUGGCAAAGCAAAUGCCCCGUUGCACAUUCUGCAACAGCAUAUGAACACUGUCGAUCUGCGAAACCAGGCGUGCUUCGACAUCGAGGACAAGCCACGAGGCCCUGUCGAACCAUCUUCAAGGGCAGGAUCUCCCGCAGAGGGCGAAGUUCCCGUGACGGAAGGAAGCACCUCAAGCAGAGAUGUCUUCUGUAUCUGCCGAAAGUCCGAGGCUGGCAUGAUGAUUGAGUGCGAGAUUUGCCAUGAGUGGUAUCACGGCAAGUGCCUCAAGAUUGCCCGUGGCAAGGUGAAGGAGGAUGACAAGUACACCUGCCCGAUUUGCGACUGGCGUGUCAAAAUUCCUCGCGAUGCGGCCCGACCUAAAUUGGAAGAUCUGCAGUCCUGGUUCGACGAACUGGAAACACUUCCAUUCCAACCCGUGGAAGAGAAGACCUUGUCGAACAUCUGCGAGUACGGCCAGAACUUCCGAGAUUUCAUUCGCCCUUAUGUCGAGCCAGCCAUGGAGCCCACGCCUGAGGAAGUCAGCAUUCUGCGGUUCUAUCUGCGCAAAGUCGAGGGUGCGGAUAUCUUGCUCGCACACGAGACAAAUUACCUGCGCCAGCAGCUUCACAGACUAGCGAAGGUCGCACCAGAGCCGCCGCCGAUGACUGAUGCCUCGCACUCAACACGCAAGCCACGACCAACUAAGCAACAAAAGCUGAUGGCUCAACUCGGCAUUACGAAUCCCGACGAUCUGCCAACGCAAUACAAGAUGAAGCCACACGUCGCGAAGCGCAAGCAGUCUGAAUCGAUGCCUGGCAUGCCUCUACAGCCAGCAAUGAACAGCACAUCACCAUCUGGCUCAAUGACACCUGGACUGCCUGGAUCUUCAAGCUCCGCGCAACCAUAUCCCACUGGGAUGACACCAGUGCCUCCAGAGAAGGUCCGCAAGCAUCUUACAGCACUCGCCAUUCAGGUUCUGGGUACAACAGCCGGCCACCACAUAGUCGACGAGUUCCUUGCGCAGGAACCGCACGCCAAUCGCGACCGCCUGUUGAAAGUCAAGGCCGUUCUUGAAUUGAACGAUGCGAGUUUCACCACCGACUUGGACACUUUCAAAGCCAAGGUGAAUUCGAUGCCCAUGCCAGCUCCGCAUGCACCGGGGCCUGGCUAUGAGACACCUCAAGAACGCCACCUGGCCUCUCUGAGAGCGCAGCAGCAAACGAGCCAGGGGCGAGAACAAUCAGCGGCACCGAACACAUCGAGCGAGGCGUACCAGCCCGCAACAACCCAGCCUCAACAGCGCCUUGGUUCGCCUGCAAUGUUUCAUGGUUAUAGCAGCAGCGGUCCUUCGCCCCCACCUUCUGGGUUCGGGUCCCAGAUGUUCGGGAUGAACGAUAUGUUCAGUACGCCCACGUCUCAGUCAGCGGGCAACAACCACAAUGGAAGUCGAACCAGUCCUGAUUUCGGCAAUCGUGGAGGGAACGGCAUGAUCCCAAGUGGUAUGCCUGGUGCACUAUUUGACUCGCCUAAGCAGCCAGAUGUCUCUUCCGCCUCGACGACCGGAUUCAUGACCACGGCUGGGAUAAAUAGCCCUGGCUUUGGCGGCAGUCAGCAGAGUGCUGGAGCGAACAUGGAUAACGUCUUUGCUGACUUGGUGCAUGAAACCGAGGAUAGCUUUGCCGUACCAGGUCUUGAGAGUGCCACCGAUGUUCGCGACAGCAAAGAGAUUCCCACUCCUGCUGCGCCCGCUGCGCCAGAAGACGUCGACAACAAAGAAGCCGCCGCGCCGGUUGAGAUGGCCGAUCAGCCUGAAGAGCAGAAGCAAGAGGCAUAGCAUGCCUUUCCUGUCUACCCUCAGCAGCUGAUGUACCAUGACAUAGACGACGCGAUAGACCCGGCUCUUCUAUAUCAGACCUAGCGGUGUGGCCCCAUGCAAUAUGGCCAGUCUUUUUCCUGACGCAACAGAAGAGCAUACAAAACACCGCGCCACAGACAUUAUUUUCUUUCUAGGCAUGACCUAUGGGCACAACAGGUAUCAGCAACAUACAAAGCGCGCAGUGUACGACGAAUGGAACCAGCGACUCGCACACAAAGCGGAAGUGCUUAAUUCGGAUGGCGUUGACCCCACAAGCAAAGACAUUAUUUCAUUCUGGGGCGUUUGUGAUUUUGUGGUGUUUGGGUCGAGUGGUGCUUUUUUCAGUGUGAUAUCCCCAAGCGUCAAGGCUUUCUGCAUCAUGGUGGUGUCACGGGAGGAGUUCAAAGAGAGGCCCUACUGCACUCUGUACUCUUAGUGGCAUUUUGCUACGAUCAUUGGCGGGUAGCAAAACGUUGUCGCACAUAGUUCGCAGUGGGCUAGGAGGGAGACUCAGUCAGUGGUCUGUGAAGUGGACCGUAGACAAUUGAAAUGAAGACAGUUGG